GUCCUCUUCCUCUACAGGAUGAGAGAUGUCCUAGUUCUCUUCUACUACAGGAUGGUUCAGAAAAACAUCAAAGCAUUCCAUAUGAUGAUCAGAAAGAUGGAAAUAAGCUUUUAAAUCUGGGUAAAGAUCUGACCAAUAUUAAGGCUAAAGAUACGUAUGUGAGGAGUGAUAAGCAGAUCAUAGAGGACAUUCCCACAGAUAACCACCCAGCCUUUCACAGCAAAGAGCUAUCAUCUGAUCCUUUGGAUGGAUUUCAAUCAUCUGAUUCAUCACAGACUGUUAAGCAAAAUAAAAGCCACAGAAGAAGUGUUCAUCAUCAAAGAAGUCAUACAGGGGAGAAUGCUCUUUUAUGCUCAGAAUGUGGGAAAUGUUAUAAAUAUAAAUCAUAUCUUGUUAGACAUCAGAGAAUGCACACAGGGGAGAAGACCAUUUCAUGUUCAGAAUGUGGGAAAUGUACAUCUAAAUCAGAUCUUAUUAGUCAUGAGAGAACUCACACAGGGGAGAAGCCCUUUUCAUGUUCAGAAUGUGAAAAAAAUUUUAACUGUAAAUCACAUCUUGUUAGACAUCAGAGAAUUCACACAGGAGAGAAGCCAUUUUCAUGUUCAGAAUGUGAAAAAAAUUUUAACUGUAAAUCACAUCUUGUUAGACAUCAGAGAAUUCACACAGGAGAGAAGCCAUUUUCAUGUUCAGAAUGUGAGAAAUGUUUUCAGCGUAAAUCACUUCUUCUUAUCCAUCAGAGAAUUCACACAGGGGCGAAGCAAUUUUCCUGUUUAGAAUGUGGGAAAUGUUUUACUGAUAAAGCACAUCUACUUAUCCAUCAGAGAAUUCACACAGGGGAGAAGCCGUUUUCUUGUUUAGAAUGUGGUAAAAGUUUUACUGAUAAAUCUACUCUUGUUAAACAUCAGAUAAGUCACACAGGGGAGAAGCCAUUUUCUUGUUUAGAAUGUGGGAAAUAUUUUACUCGUAAAUCAACUCUUGUAAAACAUCUGAGAAUUCACACAGGGGAGAAGCCAUUUUCUUGUUUAGAAUGUGGGAAAUGUUUUACUCGUAAAUCAAUUCUUGUUAUGCAUCAGAGAAUUCACACAGGGGAGAAGGCAUUUUCAUGUUCAGAAUGUGGGAAAUGUUUUCAGCAAAAAUCACUUCUUCUUUCCCAUCAGAGAACUCACACAGGGGAGAAGCCAUUUUCUUGUUUAGAAUGUGGGAAAUGUUUUACUCGUAAAUCAAUUCUUGUUAUGCAUCAGAGAAUUCACACAGGGGCAAAGCCAUUUUCCUGUUUAGAAUGUGGGAAAUCUUUUUCACAAAAAUCACGUCUUACUAUACAUCAGAGAAUUCACACAGAGUAAAAGCCAUUUUCUUGUUUACAAUGUGGGAAAUCUUACACCACACAAAUCUUGUCUUGUUAUACAUGAGAGAAGUCACACAGGGGAGAAGCCAUUUUCUUGUUUACAAUGUGGGAAAUCUUUCAUACAGAAAUCAAAUCUUGUUAAAUAUGAGAGAAUUCACACUGAAAAGACGUGAUUUUAAUGUUCAUAAUGUGAUCACUAGAGAUGAGCGAAAUUUUGAAAAAUUCUUUAGCUUGGUCAAAAUUCAACAAGAAAUUUGAUUUGUUCCAAACUAAUUUGUCACAAAUCACUAUGCUAAAACCCAAUUCAGCGUAUCAAUCAAUGAGACCAUUUUUAAUGGCCCCUUAGACCGAAGUGCACCCAUCUAAGAGCCAUUAAAAACGGUAAUAUGCUAGUGCAAUAUGGCCUUCUGGGUUAAAAAAAAAAUAAAUAAAAAUCACUCACCUCAUUCAUUUGCUCACACAGGGUCUAUCCGCUCCUCUCUGGAUUGAAAAAGACCUGCUGAAGGAUCUGCACUUAGCAUGAUGACUUCACCACGUGAUUAUGCUGGGAGAGCUUGGUGACAUCAUCACAUUGAGCGCAGGUCCUUCGACAGGACUUUUUUAGUCAAGAGAGGAGCGGACUGCCUCUGCGCGAGCAAGUGGGUUAGAAAAAAUAUUUCGUAAUCAUGAAGCUCAAGGAAAUUUGGCUUCAUUUAACUGCCUCUGGACCGCCUAACGCAGAUGUGCGGUCCGGAGGCGGCAGCCCUGCGCAGAGUCACGCAUCU